AUGUGUUGGAAGCUGUUUCAGUCCUUGACAGCAAUGUCUUUUCUCUGGGUAGGCUCGCAGAUCGGACUCUAUCUAUACGGCAGUGUCCUCGCGGAGAUCUACUCUGAGAUCGGCGGCGCAGAGGGCAAGUGGCUUUGGAUGGUCAUUGGGUACCUCAUUCCCAACUCGGCUCUAUGCCCAUUCGUUGGAGCUCUCUCGGAUCUGUUCGGUCGUCGAGCCGUGGCUGUUGUUGGGCAAAUAUUCCUCAUUGUUGGUCCUUGCGUUGUUUCCACCUCGCACAAAAUGAAUGUAGCGAUCGGUGGUAUGGUCAUAUCGGGAUUUGGCGCAGGCCUCAACGAGCUCAUUGCGCUUGCCGGAACCUCUGAGCUGGUCCCGAUCAGAAAGCGAAGUCUUUACGUUGCGAUCGUCGUCUUCACUAUCGCACCGUUCAUUCCAUCGCCGAUGUAUGCUCAGCUCAUCACGAAGGCAAAGAAUUGGCGCUUCGUCGGCUUUCUGGUUGGAGGAUGGAAUAUCUUAGGACUGAUUCUAGUGCUAUUCUGCUACCACGAUCCUGUACGAAAGGAGACACGUUCGGCCAGGGAGAUUCUUCGCGAAGUCGACUAUAUCGGUGGUGUCCUGAGUACCAUAGGCAUCACCCUUUUCAUGAUGGGAAUGCAAUGGGGCGCUAACCAGUAUUCCUGGGAAAGCACACAUGUCUUGGUGCCUUUCAUCAUCGGAGCAAUCACGAUAAUCGGCUUCUUCACCUGGGAGCUCAAAUAUGCGCCAUUUCCUAUGGCUCCAGCGGCUCUCUUCAAGAAGGACAAGCGUUCUAUGAUUCUCAUCCUAAUUAUGACCUUCAUCAGCGGUGGCAACUUUUUCGUUAUGCUCCUUUUCUGGCCAACACAGGUCUACAAUGUCUACGGGCACGAUCCAGUCCAGAUUGGCAUCAGAACUCUUCCCAUCGGAUGUGGCAUUAUCUUUGGAGCAGCAUUCAGCCUCCUGCUGAUAGGUCUAACCAAAGGCCGAACAACGUUUCUCAUGAUCUUCUGGAGCUGCGUUAUGACAGGCUUUACUGGUGCAAUGGCCGUAGCCGACCGCUACAACCUGAACCCAACGGUCUACGCGCUCCUAACACUAGGCAACGUUGGUGUCGGUGCGGUGAUUAUUCCCUGCUCUAUCAUCGCGCAGAUUCUGGCACCCACAGAACUCAUUGGCACAAUCACUGCCAUCACGCUUUCGAUCCGAUACAUAGGCGGAGCCGUUGCGUUCACCGCUUACUUCAACGUAUUUUAUCACAAGCUGGUGCACAAAUAUGCACUUCCGGCAGGUCUACAGAUCGUCCUGGCUGGAGUCACAAGCGAUUACGACACAUUAUAUAAGCUCAUUCUCCUAGGAGCCUAUGCCGAAUACGACAAAUUGCGAGCUUUCAUCGCCGAAAGCCCGCUGGUGAAGAUGAAAGGCGAAGAAGCCUUUAACAUAGUCAUUCACAACGUCCAGCUCGCGUUCGUCGAAGCAUAUCGAUGGCCAUACUACAUCAGCAUCGCUUUUGGAGGUGUCUGCAUACUGUGUUCGUUAGGUCUUAGGGAUAUCAAGGAGUAUCUGUAA